GUGCGCCAUGCAGAUGCUUCUGACGCAGAUAAAAGCCUGCCUGAGGCGUGCGGGGCGAGAGGGGUGGGGGGGACGCGCGGUCGCCGGUAUCGCCGGGGACUUGCUGCUGCUGUUCAGCGGCCUGUACCCCCGGGGCGUCAGCUUGCUUCCCGACAAAUCCAGGUGCAGCUGUCCGCUCGCGCUGGUGCAGACCGCCGUGCUCAGCCUCCGGGCCUGCGCCGUGAGCCUCCGUGAGCACGCUGCAGCGGGAGCGACAUCCGGUAGGCUACUCGUACUACUUACUCCACGUCAUAGAACUAAUGUGGCCUAUAUAUGGCCUAUAAUUAUAAUUUUAAGAGCAACCGGCACAGCGUGUUGCCAUCAAAAUUAUUUUUGAUGUCUUGAUUCUGGCUUUUAAAACGUCAAUAACAGAUGUAGUACACGAAAUUAAAUCUUUG